UCCUCCGUUUUCAGGAAAUUAACUCGUAUGUACCUGUCGUAAGCCUGUAAGUUUGACAGGUACCUGGACAUUUUUAUAAUACAAUAGAAUUUAUCGAAAUGGCACGAUUUUUAUACUGGGGAUAUUUAUUUCUUUUCUUUGUGGGAAAUGCUGUGUUUGCUGAUAGAAUUAAGGAUAUGAUAUAUAUGUCCGUUGAUGGUGUAGCAGCCUGUUUUCGCAGACAUAAUGGUACCCAUCAAUUCGGAUGCUCGUCAAGUAGGUCAGGUAGUGUUGGAAUUGUACAUAUUGUAGAAAAUGAGGACGACGUAAGAUGGUUAGAAACAAAUGGUACUGCAGGGCUAUAUACGGUAGUUAUGCCAUUCUUGAUGUUCACAAGAGAGACGCUUAUUCGAUUAAAAGAAAUGAAUAAUAUAAAUGGCGUUUUGUUGGCAAGAAAUUCAAGUUUAGACCGUCCAUCUGUAUAUUCUCCUGAAGACACGUGUCCAAAUCGUUAUUCGGGUUAUAAGCGCUGCAAUGAUAAAGCUCCCUGGAAUCCUUACGGAUCAGCAUUAUUGUUAGAAGACUGGUCUUUUCCAAUGUUUUAUAUGGAGAAUGAUACGCUAUUGGAAGAGAUAAAAUCUUGUUUUUGGAAACACAAUGCACAUAAUCGAGAGACUCAAAGCAAACGCUCUCUUUGUGCUUUAGAAAUGAAGUCAUUCAUGUUUGCCGCUAUUGAUUCGGAAUCUUGUAUCAGGCGUAGCAAUUCAAAAGUUAAUCUCAACCCGAUACAGCUUUGUGACCCUUUGGGAGAUAGAAAUAUUCAUUGGCCAUUGGUACCAUUAACUGAAGAUAUGGAGUCUGUCAUUAUGGUAACGGCAAGAUUAGAUGCAUCUUCCUUGUUUGAUGGGCUGAGUCCUGGUGCAGGAAGUGCCAUCACUGGAUUGGUAACUUUGCUUGCAACGGCAUAUUACCUAAAUACUCUGAAUGCAACUGUUGACAAAACGAACGUCAUGUUUUCUCUACUAAAUGGGGAGUCCUUUGAUUACAUUGGCUCCAGCAGAUUAGUUUACGAUAUUAAAGAGGGAAAUUUUAAUUCGCUAGGUGGCAAGACCUUAACGUUUGAUCAUAUUAAAUCUGUGAUCGAAUUGGGUCAGUUAGGAAAAGGUCAACUUUACUUGCAUGCUAGCAACUUUGAUAGUGAUAAUAUAAUACCUCGUUUAGAAAAGAAGUUAUCUGCCAAAGUUCUUAAUAAUAGCGUUCCACCAGCCUCUGUGCAAAGUUUCUUAGCAGCAAACCCCAACUUGACUGCUAUUGUAAUAACUAACCAUGGUGAGAAGUUUGUGAACAAGUUUUACCAUGGCAUUCUCGAUGACUCUCAAAAUAUUGAAUUUAACAGAAACGAUUCCAUUGGUAUAGUUUCUGCCCUCGCUAAGGUAGCCACUAUGCUCGGUAAUGAACUGUAUUACAGCAUUACAGGAACAUCAGCUCCAAAUGGCAGUAUAUCGGUUGUAGAAGAUCUUAUUUCUGAAAUGCUAUACUGCUACGUAGAGAGUGCAAAUUGCUCUCUGUUCUAUGCAGCAUCCUCACCAGGAACGAAAUUGGCUGACUAUGUGUUGCCGCUAUAUGUCGGAGUCCACAGGGUAGCUAAUCCCGUAACAAGUUUGACAGGUCAGCUUCUUGCUCUGUUAACAGGAGAAAAGUUACCCGAGAUGAAUGCUAGCACGUGUUACGAACAUCACCUCGCGUGGAUGGGCGGAUAUAAUUUUACAGGACUUUGUAUAAAUUCCACUGUAAAUUAUAGUCCAGCAGUGAGCCCAGCCUUUAUCAUCGAUGGUUACGAUAUGAAGUCUGGCAUAUUUUCGUCCUGGACGGAAUCUGUUUGGCAAUCGUUAAGCGUAAGAAUGUUCUUGAAGCCAUCAGCAGCAACCGAACGACUGAGUAUGAUUCUGGGAAGUGUAGUGACUAUUCUGUCAUUCUUCAUAGUGUGGUUCAUUAACUCUCACACCGAUGUGCUGUUCAACUCAAGUGAAAAUCCUAAUUGCUAGGAACACGCUGCGGACCACAUAUCAAUGACUGGGAUGAAUCAUUGGAAUGAACGUGACAGCAUUCCAGUGACAAGUCUUUGAAUUUACAGUGUGUGUGGUGCGCCCUCGGAAGACAAAUUCUCAAUUCCAGUGUUCAUGAACCUUGUUCCAGUAUGUCACCAAUACAUGAGAUUUUGAUUUUCACCUGCCCUGCAUUUCAAGAUGUGAUAUACAUAUAUUUUUUUCUAUCAAAAGCAUCAGAAUUUAAAAUGGAUCUUGCUCUUGAUGGAUCAUCACAAGAGUAUAGAUACUUUGAUAGAAACGCAUCGCCGUGAUAAAGGACUUUGACAUUGAUAUUGUUUAUCUCUUAAGCUAGAAGAUUUGAAGGAAUUAACCUGGACAAGUAGUGGUUAAUGCUUUCAACGUAUUAUUACGACUAUUAUUGUGUCAGUAACUAAAAGUGGAAAUUUCUCCCAAAGUGAAGUGCUGAAUUUUUAUAUGCCUUGGUGGUGAAUGUGGUUUAGUCUGUUACAAAUGUAUUAAAAGUGAAUGAACGAAUGUCGUAAUUUAUGAAUUUGUAAUAUAAACAUAAUUGCUCCUAGCUAGUGACAGUGAAGCAACCGAACUGUCUGUUAACUUCAAAAGAGCAUUUACUUUGCUACUGUCAUGUAUUUAAUUUCAAACAGGUCGAAUUAUCCCUUUCGACCUCUAGUUUCAUAUUUGCUUCUCGAUUUCAAUAAAAAAAAGAAAAUGAAGAGGACUAAAUAAAAUCCAUUUGCACAUUAAUAAUACAGCUUAAGCAGCAAAAUUAAUUCUCUGAGAAUUUAGGAGUUCAAUUGGAUUGAGUCCAAUUAAUCUUUUUAUAUGUGACUGUGUCGUCUACGUAAAUGAUCAGAUAUAUCUUUAGAAAUGACCCUAUUAUGUAUAUGUAUGCUUUUUAUUUUAUCGAUUUUUAUAAAUCAAAUACUAAAAUACAAAAAAAUUGGAUCUGUAAAUAACAGCGCAACAAAUUUCCCUCAUAAAAAAAACAUUGCACUUCUUGGCAUAUCACAAUAAGUCUUUUACAGAAGUUCAUGCAUUCUGAAUUGUAAAAUAUUAUAAGAGUAUACAGUAUUAUCGUUAUGUCUGUAUUAUUCUUUUUAUUAUUUCGCUUGAAAUACUUUAAUGUAUCGACUACGUAUCGAACUAAUCACAAUUGGCGAAUAAUUUUAAAAUGAUAAAAAAAUUGAUAUUGUAACCGAAUUAUAGAUGUAAACAAAUAAAAAGGCAAAAAGAUACUACAGAAACAAUAAAACCCUUUACGAUUCAGAAUACAAGAAUCCAUUUAUACUAAACGAUUGAUCACCAUAAAAUAGACACGAAUCAAUUUUGUGAACGUAAUACUUUUCAACUUUUACCGUAACAAUAUAUUUAAAAUACUUUAUAGAUUACUGCUAUAGGGAAGAAAGAAAAUAGUUGCUCCGAGUCCAUUUCCUUUUUAAUUCAAUUUCAUCUAUCCGAGCAAUGUGUCUAAAUAACACACCGAAUAACCAAUAGGCAGUAAUAGUAGCUUUUACUUUGCUCUUUAUAUAUUUUACACUUUAUAGUUUAAACAUUGCAAUGGUAAUAUUAGGUAUUUAUAAUUUAAUCGUAGGAUCCUUCAUUGCGAGAGACUCACCAUUCACGGUCGUGUUCAUCGAUUCUUUUGACCGAUGCUCAAGAGAACGCGUGAUUAACAAAUCGAACCUCUCCUUGUCCACGUAAAAGACUACAACAGAUGUAUUGCAAGCGUGAUGGCAUUUAUUAUCAAUAAACUUAAUUAACAGGGCGUAGAUGUACACGAGAGAGAAGUAUUCAAUCCUUUGCGACUUCCUCGGCAUUCUUAGUACUUAAAAGUUUGAGCGCAGCUAGAAAUGGACCAAAGUACCGAACCGAUCACCAAAACGUGUUUCCACAAGUGCCGAAACAUAUUCGAUCUAAAGAAUACAAAAAUCAUCAUACGAUUUAUCACAAUUCCUUCGUCUCGAGGAAACAAGCACCGCAUAAAUAAAUCCCAUUGACUAUCCACGAAUGAGUAGAAAAUAUGAUUACGGUGGGAACAAUUGACGUGCAAGAAACCAAGAGUGCAAAAUUAACAUCUAACGUAGAAUCAACAAUGACGUUCCACGUUCACCUUUUCGUGCAGUUGAAUAACACUACGUUCAUCAAUAGUCGUGACCUCUGAGACCAUCGCAGAUCUUUUCUUCCAGGUCCAUUUCUACCUCGUUCCUUGUAGUAAAUGUCAUUUCAGGUAGAAUCUACAAGUCUCAGGGUAACUUGGCUCAAUACACCAACUUGUAGAUUCGGCACUGAAGUCCAUACAUGCGCGAUCCAUAUUCAUAUUCAAGUGCGUUAGAGGGGCAUUUGUUAGUAAGCCAACACGCAAUGUACGGAAUAUCGUACUCAAUUCGAUGCGCUUAUGAAUGUCACGUGCGAAAGUUAUAGCGGGAUGUGUAAAAAAAAUAUAUAUACAUCUUUGAGAAAGGUGGUGAAUCGAGAAAGGUAUUCUUGUAGUGGUGAAUUGGAACCAUAGAAGAGAUGUCUCCACGUAUUCGUUUCUUUUUUCUUUUCUUUCCAGACGUUUCGAUGAACGCGUUAUCAAUUAUAAUGAUUUUCUUCUUGGCAUAAACUGACCCACGGUAAUGUCCAUCUUACAAUCGGUGGCCUUAGAAAUAUCAAUCUCUUUAUGGCGUACUAGUGGGAACUUUUUUAAUGUUUGUUACUUAACGCAUCUAUAAGAUUCGACCAAAAAAUUCUCGGAAAUGCUCUCGCGAAACUCAAAUUUCGGAGUGAAAUACUAUUUCGAGCGAAAAUAUACUGAAAAAAGGAAGCUACGUCUUGAUAAGCUCCGCUGUAACACGACUCCGUGGUAUCACAUCGUAGCAUGUGUACAAUAGACCUCCGUAAAACUAGGAAAGCGAAUACAGAGAUAUGAGAGAAUUUUUGUAACAUUUAAAGAUUGCAUUCUUUUUAUACGCAGAUAUAAGUACCUAACUGAGUGAAAAUUUUAGUCCUACUUUGAGUCCGCGUAGCCUGAGUAAAAACUUUUCAGAUCCUGUUUCACUCUUUAAUGUGGUACUAAAGUAGCGUCUGAGAGGUCUCGUUCAUGAAACUCCAUUGUCGAAUUAGAUGUACCGAAACGCUUAAAACGUUACCUCAUUAACAUAGAGGCCGCAAGGAAAGUCCCGACACCUGUGAUACUUCACUUUCUUACAAUUCGUUAUAGAAAUUGAAAUUGCAUGGUUGUCAGGACCUUCAUCGCAGUCUCCAUGUACACAUGGUAAAAUUUCAAACAAUUCGCUAUACCCAUUUCUGAGAUAAGUUUCAUAAUUGACUGGUCCCUCAGAUGCCACUUUUACAUCACCUCAAUUCCUACUUUAAGCCUACACGUAGAAGAGAUCGAAACUACUGCCACUUUUAAGAUCCAAAGUCAGACAUGACCAUUGUAUAAAAGAUACCCUUCUUUAUAUUACUUCAAGCCCAUCCAAGAGCUACAAUUAGAGGUUCCAAGUAGGAUCAAUAUUUCGAUUCGGGUAUCUCUAACGAUACCUACGAUUAGAGGAGUGAGGAUCAACUUCAAAAUGAAUUAAAAGAGAAACUUUAUACGACAGCGUAACGAGAAAUCACCUUGUAGGAAGAGCAAACGGAACUUCUAUUACCACGUUAUACAUGAUGUUAAGAUCUAACGAGUACCUCAUUACACCGAGCCCUACUGUACACACGCAAACGGCGCACGACCGCCUCGGUAUUUCAUUUCUCAUUGAAUCCUCUAGUAUUCCAGAGUACUCGUCGGUAUACAAGUAUGAAGUAGGAGGCUGGGCACCGCCCACCGAGCUAUCACAGUCGUCUGGUGCCGCAGCACAUACGUAUACGUGGUUCAGCCUUACAACCUACCUCUUAUCAACUAUUAUUUACCUUAACGCCUAGUAGUUAAGUAACAGUAUAGUCCCGUAUCGGAUGUACCCUCGAGGGCAACGCGUGUGCGACCUCGUGCACCUACGCCUUUACGCAUGUGCCGUGGGGAUUAUUGCUGUCGUUUUAUUUAAAGAGCCCGAAAUUACUGGGAUCCGCUGUAACCACGCUCCGUAUACGGAGCUAUACUGUAUUAUCUGUAUAUCCGGCUGUACGGCGAUUACUGUACAAGUUUAAUCAUACCGCGUCAUUCUGCGCACGAACAGCUCCUCUCUCUGUCUCUGUUUCGACAGGAAAAAAUACAAUCGCGCCCUCGGAUUAUGCAAUUCGGCUGGAACAUAUAUUUCCUGCCAUUUAGUUCAUUGUAAUUGGAGGAUUUAACUGUAAUUUUAGUGUUAUCUUGUACCGGGGUCGUUAAGUAUAACGAUAGGGUACAAAAGGGUUGCAGGAAAGAUACUCGGUGGUCCUAGCGCGCUCUUCUGUGCGUAUUUGGCGCGAAACUCGAUAGAGUUUCAUGAUCGGAAGUCGUAUGAGUAUAGAGGGUUAUUGUACAGGAAAUUGUUGGUACGAUGUCGCAUCUGACUGCAUCUUUGUGGAAUUGUCAUCUUCCUUUUUCUUUUUUUUCUUUUACAUAAAAUACGUGACUUGCAAUCCUUCCAAUUGUCGUUUAUUUUUUCCUUCGUUAUCGAUCAGAAUAACUGACUAAGAAAAUUCUCAUAUAUUGCGAGGCACAUUUACAAGCCAUUGGCAUCGAAGUGCUUAUUUACAUCGUGCAGAUCUAACUUGAUCAGGAUAAUUGAUAUCAUUGGAAAUUAUGCAAUUAAUACAAAUUUUAAAUUGAAUCAUCCAUCGUGUAAUGUAGGGUUUAGUUGUGAAUAUAUCACAGUUGUGAUCGUAUCUAAAAUCGUUGCACUAUUGGUCACCUGUUUGCAUGGAAUAUCUUUCAUAUGUACAGUAAAUGGGUUUGGAUGUAAAGGAACGUUCACAAUAACAUUAACAUUACAGGGUAAAUACAUCAAUUACUUUGCAACUAAAUGACGUUUAUGUGUAUAAUUGCAUAUAAGUGGCAUCAAUGUCACGUCGUUGGGUAAUUCCUAUUUAGGCGCAACAGUUGCAACAUCACGCAAGAAAUUUAUAAGCAACCGAUGGAAGCACUUUGUCAUUCUGUUAAACUACAUGGAACUUUAACGAUUAAACUUUGUACCUAAGAGAUCCACUGUCGAGAUGAAUUGUUCUACAUUCGAGUAGUUUACAGUUGGGGCAGCGCAAAGUAAAGGUAGAACCGUUCCUUUCGUGUCUCGUUCUUCUGUUUCUUAAGAUAAGAGUUUUAUAUAGUGUGCCUAAUACAUGUACAUAAUGCACGGAACACUUUUCUCCCUUCUUCGGUGAGAUAAAAAAGAAAAA